AUGAAAAAAACGAAAAUUUCAUUAUCAAAACCCGAUUCAUCAAUGAUUACAUUUCUGACAUUUUCAAGUAUAUUACCACUCCUCCUACUCAAGGAUAUGUAUUUUUCGCAGAAAAACCUCCUACAACAAAAUGUUGCCGAUUAUUUUACCGAAGAGUACAUGUUAAUCAAGUCAUUUACUAUUGGUAUAAACAGUGGGUUCACAAAUAUCUUUAAAAUACAUCAUCCAAUUUGUUAUAAAUGCGUUUGUAGAUCAAGAUGGAUUACAGCUUUACACACGGCCAUGAUGGUAAAAUCUUUUGCAUCUGAGAGAGUUGCCAUACUUAUUCCUUCUUAUUUAUAUAUUUUUUCAAUUUGCUUGAUUCAUAUGCAGUUAUCUAAUACAUUCUUGAAGAAUUCAUUCUUAUCUGUCCUUUCUACAAUUGUAUUUUUAUUCGCUGGCGGUCUGGAAUUCUUUGGUUUAUUAAUUCAUGAUUAUCCACCGGAAACUGAUUUCGUUCAUCACAGAAGGAACUAUGAGACAGAAUGGCUUCAUCCAAUUCUUGAAUAUUUAGUACCUUACAGGCCAUCUCAGCUUGCAACUGGAUUAUUUUUAACACUAAUUUCGAUUUUAACACAAGUUGGUAAUAAACCGCAUAGAAAACGUGAUUUAAUAUUAUGUGGAAUUGUUUCUGGCUUGAUUUUACCAGCUCAAUAUCAAGUUUUUGCAGCAUCUGUCUUAUUUACCACUAUUUACUUAUUCUAUCUUCCUAUUUCAAAGGAUGAUAAUGAUGGAAAGAAGAAUAAUAUAUUUGAUAUUGUUUUUUACUUUGUUCCUCUUGGAAUAAUUUCAAUAAUUCCAUUAUUACAAUUUUUCCCAAGAUCUAGUAACUUCAGAUUAUUAUCACAAGAUAAAGUAUCAACACCACUUAUCAAAAGAGGUAUUUUCUUCUCUCCUUUUGUUUAUUGGAUUGAAAACUUGGGAGUCUUUGCAGUUAUCACGCUUACGCUAGGAUUAUUCGUUAUUGGUAAGAAAUUGCAACAGCUAUACUACCCAUCUCUUGUUGUAUUUUUCUUAUUAAAUUUCUUCAAACUACAACCAGUGGCAAGACAGAAUAUUUUCGUAUUUAUUCCGUGUUGGCUCUCAAUAGCUUCUAUUGUUUUCAUGUCCACAUUAUCAUGGAUCUCUCAGAAGCCAAAAUCCGAAGAAUCUAAAGGAAUUGCACUUGCCUGGUGCACAUUUUUCUUUGUCGCGGCAAUUAUGUCAUCUCUAAUUGGAUUACAGAUGUGCCGUAACAACGUUUUCGAAAUAUCUCUUGAAGAACGAGAUGCUGCUGAUUGGAUCACGCAGCAUACAUCCACAAAAGACGUAUUUAUAUCAGAUAUCCAGAAGCCAUAUACCCCAGUCCCUUACUUAUCCGGAAGACGAAUUUUUGCGAGUAGAGUCGAUAUCUUGGAACAGUUUGAUAAAACGGUUGAUUGGAAAAACGUUGAAUUUUCCAAGCUUUUAUCAAACCUUUCUGAUAAAUCUAUCGCAAAAAAGGUGAAAUACGCACUUUUCGGGAGAUCAACUAAUCUGAAUGAGAAUUCGGGCUGGAAAUUGGAAUAUCAUAACUCUAGAUAUAAGAUUUAUUCAAGAAUUAUGGAUUAA